AUGUCACAAUUCUUAUUAAGAGAAACAUGGAAACGAAAGCAACAUACAAAUGUACGUUUCAUAAACAAACGUACCGAUGUUGCAAAAUCUGUUGGCAAUAUAUCAUCAUCAUCGCGUACCACAUCAUCAUCUGUUGGUACUGUAUUUGCCCCAGCAUUUGUUUCACAUGUUGGUACUAUGGGUGCCACAUCAUUAACUCAUGAAUCAUCCACCCAAUCAUCCUUACCUACAUCAUCUACCCAAUCAUCUGUAUCUACAUCUAUCCAAUCAUCUACACCUGCAUCUACAUCAUCUAUACCUAGAUCCACAACAAAUGGUAGUGAAUUGGUUGAGGAAAAUAUUAGCAUUCAACAUCAAGGGUAUUUACUUGGAUCUACUAGACUGGAUGGACGUCAAUAUAUUGGAGUGCGAGAUAAGGAGUUAUUUCCUUCGGGCCCAUGUUCUUCCAUUAUCUAUGAAUCCUUUGGCGAAAGAGCUGAUUUAAAUGGGUAUAGCUAG